UGCUCGGCAACUGGGGAGACUCGCAGCACUCGGCGCCCGGCCCAGCUUCUUUCAAAAUGUCUACCGUUCAUGAAAUCCUGUGCAAGCUGAGCUUGGAGGGUGACCAAUCUACACCUCCAAGUGCAUAUGGAUCCGUCAAAGCCUACACCAACUUUGACGCUGAACGGGACGCUCUGAAUAUUGAGACGGCCAUCAAGACCAAAGGUGUGGAUGAGGUCACCAUCGUCAACAUUUUGACCAACCGCAGCAAUGCCCAGAGACAGGACAUUGCCUUCGCCUACCAGAGGAGGACCAAAAAGGAACUUGCCGCGGCCUUGAAGUCAGCCUUGUCGGGCCACCUGGAGACAGUGAUUUUGGGCCUAUUGAAGACACCUGCUCAGUAUGAUGCCUCCGAACUGAAGGCCUCCAUGAAGGGCCUGGGAACUGACGAGGACUCCCUCAUUGAGAUCAUCUGCUCAAGGACCAACCAGGAGCUGCAGGAAAUCAACAGAGUUUACAAGGAAAUGUACAAGACUGACCUGGAGAAGGACAUCGUCUCCGACACCUCUGGGGACUUCCGCAAGCUGAUGGUGGCUCUUGCCAAGGGUAGAAGAGCAGAGGAUGGCUCCGUAAUUGAUUAUGAGCUGAUUGAUCAAGAUGCCCGGGAUCUCUAUGAUGCUGGAGUGAAGAGAAAAGGAACUGAUGUCCCCAAAUGGAUCAGCAUCAUGACCGAGCGCAGCGUGUCCCACCUCCAGAAAGUGUUUGAUAGAUACAAGAACUACAGCCCAUAUGACAUGCCAGAGAGCAUCAAGAAAGAGGUCAAAGGAGAUCUGGAGAAUGCUUUCUUGAACCUAGUGCACUGCAUUCAGAACAAGCCCCUGUAUUUUGCCGAUCGGCUGUAUGACUCCAUGAAGGGCAAGGGGACCCGCGACAAAGUCCUCAUCAGAAUCAUGGUCUCCCGCAGUGAAGUGGACAUGCUGAAAAUCAGGUCUGAAUUCAAGAAGAAGUACGGCAAGUCCCUGUACUCCUACAUCCAGCAAGACACCAAGGGCGACUACCAGAAAGCGCUGCUGUACCUGUGUGGGGGAGAUGACUGAAGCCCUGCCUGUGACCUGAGCAGCCAUCCAUGGUGCUCCACGUGCUUCCCGCUAACAGUUCUAGAAAACCAGCUUGCACUAACAGACCCUGUACCUAUCUCUGUGAAAAUGGUGGCAGCCUGGCCCGCCACCCCCAAUUGUAUUUCAGUUGCCUAAAGCAUUAUUGCCCAACUUUCACAUCUAGUCUCUCCAUUAAACCAAAGAAACAAACAUUCCCAGGAGUUGGGAGUGAAGUCCAUGAUGUGAAACACUUUGCCUCUUGGGUACUGUGUCAAGAAUAAACUGAAUUUUUACUUUAGAA